UCCUGCCUCUCUUAUCCUCAUUUCUCCUCUGUGAGCAGAACUCAUCUGCCCCCUGCCCCCCCUCCCAAAAGAAACCACACCUUACGCAGCAGUCUGUGCCCUUAGGCGAACAAACCCAUUUGUACAGCAGGAAAGCCUGUCAAACAACCGCCCUGCUUCUCUGCGCCUCUCACAUGUGAGGGAAAGGUGAUGACACCUGAGUCGAGUCAGUUGAACAUGCCCACUGCCUGUAUCUGCUUGUCUGUUGCUUUAUAUUAGUAUGUUCAUUUUUUCUUGCAGAAGCCAAUAAAAAUAAUGAAAAAACAUGCUCAGACAGUACCAUGUUCCUGUUGACAUGAUAGUCAAUACUUAUAUAUUAAAGAUAAAUAAAAAAUAUGUAAUGGAUGAAUGCAGCGCCUUCAAGCUGAUCAUUUUAGUGUGGCAGCUUUCUGGACUAAAGAAGUGGAUUAACUCCAGAAAUAAUACUCAUUGGUUGAUUAUCUUAUCAAUUCCUGAACACUAAAAUCAAAAAAUAUAUAUUUUAAAUUAUUUUGAGGGGGAUUCAUUACCUGUCAAACAGAGCUAGGCAACAUUUAAGGAAGCUAAACAUUUUGUUUUUGUUAAAAUCGCAUACAUUUCAUUAGACCUCGUGUUUUAAAGAGCAGUGUUUUAAGUUCUUGUUGUGUAGGCCCUACUUACUUGUGUCCACAUAGUUUCUCUGAGAGGAAUGUGCUCGGACCACAGAUAAAUCAGGAACACCAAAGGGCUUUACUGCAACUAAGUAACCAAAAAGGGCAACCAGGCUUGAUAUCAGCCAAAGAUUGUAUUAAAAAAUCCAUCAUAUUAAAAAGCACAAUGUGAACUCCUGUCCUUCAUCUCAACCCUCAAAAACCUUUUGCUUCUGACUCCUUGCAGUGCAUGAAAAUCAGUAACAAUUUCUCCCCAGUUUUUGUAUGUGAGGAGUUUUAUACUAGAUAGUUGAGUCAGUUCUUUUGUUUUACAGUCUUUGAUGUUCCCAUUGUGUUCCUGGGUGCAAAUUUAAGUCAUUAAAGGUCCUUAGAAGGACAACCUUCUCCAGGUUAUGCGUCUUUAUUCAUUCUUCCUGUGUGUUUUGGAAACUAAUGAGUCACCAAACAAAACUGAAUGUAAACAGUACUCUAACCUUUUUGUUGUUUGUUUGCCUUUUUCUUUUUUUUAACCGUCUGCAGAAUAACCUCAUAUCCCAGUAGUACUUAAAAUUUUUGGAUGUUUGAAAUUACAUUAGCAUGCUUGGAAUUUUUUUUUCUUUCUUUUCUAUUUCUUUGUUUUAAUUUUUUCGUCUUUUGGGUGGGUGGGCUCAAUAUACUGUUCAGCUUUUAUUGCUCAUUUUUUUUGUUUCAUUUUUAUAUUCCAGGAAGUUUCUUCUGAAGCAGGGAGUGUCUGCAUAUAAAAUGAUCUGCAGUCCUCUGCUUCAUAGAUGCCAAGUCCUAUUCUCUGACCAUGGAUGGGCCACGCAGCGCCUCCAGCUCCACCAUCAGUUCCUGCGGUUCCCUCAAUGACCAGAACCCGGCUCACAACAGAAAUGCGGAUCCAGAGGACAUCAGAGGUACCAGAGUGGUACCAGAGGUCAUAGGAGUAGAAGGUGGGAGUGGGAAUUGCAGCAGCGCUGUGAACGGCAGAUGCAAUGCUGAGCUUGGAGUGGGCAGGGGUGCCGCGUCACAGGAGGCCCAAACGCACCAUCAGAUGACCCCAUCGAAACGCCGCACCAUACUGAACAUCUCUCCACCUCCUGAAGAUCUGCUGGAUGACAGCCGCAUGUCAUGCCAGGAUGACGCGCCGCUGGACUCGGAGCUGAGUAACAGCAUCUGGAUGGAUGACUCUCUAUCUAACUUCAGUGUCAUGAGCACGUCUUCGUACAACGACAACACCGAGGUGCCACGGAAGUCCCGGAAACGUACCCCUCGACAGCGGCCCGGUCCUAAGGCUGCGCCUGCUGUAAAAGCCAGCAUGGAUGUGUUUGAUGCUGACAGCGCUAACGGGCCGCACUUCGUCCUGUCCCAGCUCGGCCCUGACACCAAAAAUGGAUCGAAAGGAAGCUCUGAAGAUCCUCCGACACCGAUACAGAAAGGAGGAAUUCUUUCGAUGCAAUUCCCACAGAAGUGUGAAGGAAAGGAGCUGAAGAUCCUCGCCCAGCCAGAGACUCAGCACCGAGCCCGCUAUCUGACCGAAGGCAGCAGAGGAUCAGUGAAAGACCGCACCCAGCAGGGCUUUCCUACUGUGAAGCUGGAGGGAGUGAAUGAGCCAGUGGUUUUGCAGAUCUUCGUUGGCAAUGAUUCCGGUCGAGUUAAGCCUCAUGGAUUUUACCAGGCUUGCAGGGUGACCGGUCGCAACACCACAGCAUGCAAGGAGGUCAAUAUUGACGGCACAACUGUCAUUGAGGUGGUCCUUGAUCAAAGCACCAACAUGACACUAGCGAUUGACUGUGUUGGGAUCUUAAAGCUCCGUAACGCCGAUGUGGAGGCCCGCAUCGGCGUGGCCGGGUCCAAGAAGAAGAGCACCCGCGCUCGGCUGGUGUUUCGAGUCAACAUCCCUCGUUCGGAUGGAUCUGUGCUCACCCUACAGGCUCCCUCAUCCCCCAUUCUUUGUACUCAGCCUGCAGGACUCCCUGAAAUCCUGAAGAAGUCACUUCACACCGCUUCAGUGAGAGGCGGAGAGGAAGUCUUCAUCAUUGGCAAAAACUUUCUCAAAGACACCAAAGUCCUUUUUCACGAAAACAUUUCUGAUGAGCAAUCCUGGAAGGCAGAAGCUGAAAUUGACAUGGAGCUGUUUCACCAGAAUCACCUGAUCGUCAAGGUGCCUCCAUACCAGAACCAAGCUAUAACCUCCUCGGUGUGUGUGGGAAUUUAUGUGGUGACAAACGCCGGGAGGUCUCAUGACGUCCAGCCGUUUACCUACACUCCUGAUCCAGACAAUCUUGCAGUGAAAAAUGACGUACCUGUAAAGACAGAGAUGCCCUCCCCGGUGACCACUUGUUCUUUUGAUGAGCAAAUCAAAGAUGGUGCCUUAAUGCCUUCCAUUUUGCCUUUAGUGAAGAGAGAAGAUUUCACUCCAAUGGAGGUGACGAGUAACCUUCAAUCUUCAGGAGUGUUUAAGCAGAGUGGUGAUCUUUGUCCACCUCAGCAGAAUUCAGAAAUGACAGCUGGACAACUCAACAAAAGCAUAGCAUUUAGUAGUAACCUUACUCAUUCAGCCAGUGAACCGGAUACAAGCAAGGCAGCUGCUUACACCAACCCUGAGCCUUUAAGCACCAUCCAGAAGCAGGACAUUGCUCCAAGUUGUGCAUUCUCUCUAUCUGCAGAGUCGCUUCUCCCUCCGGCCUCACAGCAGUUCCUUGUGGAGACCAGAGAUAGUUUGAGACAGGACAGGUCAGUCGGUAGCUCUGAAGCUGUGGGGAGACUCUGUGCUGAACCCACAUCCCAGCAGCAGCAACAGCAGCAGCAGCUGCCGCCGCUGUUUCCUCAGGAUGAGGUAGCUCAGCUGGAGGAGGCGGUGCGACAGCUUAAAGCUAAGGGAUACUGUAGUUUGCCGCUUCAGUCUGACAACUCCAUAGCGAAACAGCAGCAGCAACAGCACAUGCAGCACCAACAGCAGAUCCAAAACCAACAGAUUCAGCAGCAACAGAUCCAGCAACACCAGAUCCAAAACCAGCAAAUGCAGCAGCAACAGAUGCAAAACCAGCAAAGGCAGCAGCAACAGAUCCAGCAACAGCAGAUCCAAAACCAGCAAAUUCAACAGCAGCAAAUGCAGCAGCAACAAAUCCAGCAGCAACAGAUCCAAAACCAGCAAAUUCAGCAGCAACAGAUUCAGCAACAGCAGAUUCAGCAGCAGCAGGUUUUGGAGAAUUUACAGCAGCAGAUUUUGCAGACUCAGAUCCAGAUGCAGUGUGGGAUGUUUCAGGACGCCUCACAAGGCAAAACCGCAGACACCCCUCAAACGGUGGUGACGAACCAGGGAUCACUUUUCCAGUCGGAGCAGCAGCAGCAACAGAAUCAGUCUGAGCAACAACAGGCAGCUCUUUUUCAGCAGGCAAACGACCUCUGCUCCAUGCAGACCGGCUUUCUCCAGCAGACGCCCUCUCAUUCAUCCCCAUCCAUGUUCCACAAUCCCACUUCUAUGGCUGAAACUCAAGAUCCACAGGGGGCUCUUUAUCAGAAGGCCUCUCAGGAGCAGGUCCAGGCUGCUCUUUUCCAGAGCACCAUGACAGUGCUGCAGUCUCAAGAGCAGCAGCCUGCUACCUCUGGACUGUUCCUCCCUCAGACCUCCCUUCCCACCCAGCUUUCAACCAAUAGUUCUCCUCAACAACAGCAGCAGCUGGCCUUCCUCACUGCCCUGCAAUCCUCCUCACCAGAGCAACAACCUGUAUUUCAGACGCAGUCCCCGAUGUCCGCCAUCCAACCAAGAAGCCCACUGGAGCAGCAGCAGGCUUCCCAGCAUCAGACUCUCCCACAGCCCGCCCAGCAAUCCGGUCUGUUUCAGUCUAUUUCCCCGCAUUCGUCUCCCAGCACCCUCUCACCAGGCCAGCAGCAGCAGCAGCAGCAGGCAGGGUUGCUGUUUUGCAGCAAUGGUUUGUCCCCACAGCCUCCACCCUCCAACAUCAUGUUCACCAACCAAGGCCAGAUGCCACCCCUUACCAGCAGCAGUUUGGAGCCACAAAAGUCCCAAAACCCCUCUCUACCAUUUUCCCAAUCCAGCAUGGUGACAGUGAGUCAACAGAACGGUCCGGAGCCCAUGUCUUUAGGGAAUCCAGCAGAUCCCCAACAGCAAGUCCUGUUUCAGGAGCAGCAGCCCAUGCAGCUGGGAGGCAGCCCCAACAACCAACAGGAGCCACCCGUGGGCCUCUUCAUGCCGCAGUCCAACAUCCCGUCGCUGCAAGGGGAACUGGCCGCUCAGGAGCUUGCACAGACGGCCAUGUUUGCCUCACAGAACGGUGUAGCAAACCUCCAAACGACGACUUCCUCUCCAGUCCAACAACCAGGAACUCUGUUUCAAAACGCUGUGAAUCCGCCCAGCCAAACUCAGCAGCCGGGCCUGUUCCUUUUCAGUAUUCAGAAUGAAUGUGACCAGUUGAUGAACACUCCUGGGAACACACUCACAGAUCAGAUAAUAGCUAUCAGCCAAUCCGGUCAGAACCAGCGAGAGAGUGAUGCCCGCAUUCAGUCACUGCUCAGCCAGACCCUUUCUCAGCCUGUGACUGUGCAGAGCAGCAUGUCAGCCUCCCAGAACAUGGAGAAGAUCGAUGACCUACUGGUCAGCCUGCAGGAGUCCAGCAACAACUUGACACGGUCAUUUUAACAGAUUCAACUAUAGUUUUUUACUGUAAAUAUUUGAAAUUAUUUUGAAAUUCCCAAAGAAAAAAUAUCUUCAGACUGUAUGUGAUAAGAUGAACAUGCAGGUAAACAUGUGUCUUGUAUUUAAUCACCUAAUGUUUUUCUGUUUUUGUAAUGAACCGGGAGGAAGUGUCCACAGAAAGAGAUCUGACUCUUUGGCCACAUAGCAGACAAACAGGAUAUGUUCAGCUCUAGAAAUGAUAUCAGAAGUCUUUGGCUGCACAGGGUGACCAUGAAAAUAAUUCAUCUGAUGACAGACUCACUCCCCGUGAUUAAAAACUCAUACCAAAAUAGAUGCAUACUCCAGGAGAGGCUUCUAUCUUUCUGCGAUAAACUAUCCAGCUAACUCGAGGCCCAUCGUGUGUUUGUGCUGAGGAUGGAGUGUGCAGGUGAGCUUGAAGGUUUGGGUGGGUGAACUGUAAGUAGACAUGGUGGAAACGGGUUGAAAAAGGUCCAGGGAGGUUAGCAGGAUGCAAACAAACAUGCAGUUGAAGAACAGUAAAAACUUAUCAGAAAAGGUUUAAACUUUUUUAUUAUUCCAGUUUCAAUGCAUAACUGAAAAGUGUGAAUGCAUAAGGCAGGUUUAUUACUGAUGUAGUGCUACAUAAAAGUUUAGAAAUCUACAAAUAUUUUUCUACAACUUUGGCUAAAAAAUGGUCUGAUGUAACCUGAAUAACUUGGAUUGAAAAUUGUUGGAUAUUUUUGUAGAGAUGGUGUCUAUUUUCCUCUCAGACCUCUAAAAUCCCAGUUUUUGCACCACAUUGAAGAGUUUUAUUGUACAUAAACAGACAUUUAAGACAAUCAGAUGUGAUAUUAUUACAUAGGUAUAGUGAAAUUUUUCAGUCAAUGUAUCACUAAGAUGAAUUUUAUUGUAAGACUUUGUUUAAAACAAAUAAAACCAAGCGCCACGAUUGUGAUCGUUGUUACCCCACCCCCCUUUUUUUUUUUUUUUUAAUAUCGUUGUAAUACUGGACUCUGAAAAAUGUAACAUCAUUUUCAUUGAGUCUAAAACACUUGUUUUUAAAAUGUGGUGCAGGGUUAUUAGGAGAUCUUACUCAUUCGGUAGUAUAUUUUUUUGUUUUGUCAUUACAGUUAAAUUAUCUUUUUUCUGUCACUUCUUUGGCAUCACUGUCAGGCACGUGUGAACUGGAAAGGUAUUCCUUAUCCAGCAGCAAAAAGACAAAAAGCCAUCUUACUGGUUUUAUAAAUGUGAAGGAUUUGAAGAGGAGAAGCAACAAGCUGUUUGGCUGUAACUCUACCUGUCGUCCAGGUGUUCUCAGGCAGGAGAAGAGCUCAUUUUACAUGUUAAAGUUUGACAGAUAAAAGGCUCUCAUCAGCUACUAGCCAGCCAGGAUGAAGACCAAAUUUUGACUCAAGUUUUGCUUUUUGUAAAUCCUAAUACCAGGCCAGUUUUAUGGCUCAAUUUUUGAUUUGCAGUUAACAUUUUUUUUUAUCUUUUAGCCUCUUGAAAGUGUUUGUUUCCUGUGUUUGUGUGCAGUUGGUUCUUUGGUUUUUUUUGUUUUUUUAGCAAAGCAAAACUAUGUGUGACGUGUUGUUCCAUUGUGUGUGAGUGUGUGUGAGUGCAUAAACACAGGGCUGGUCUCUGAUGGUAAAAGAAAUAAACUCUGUGUUUGCCUUUUACUGGUAUAAUAUUUGCAAUGUUUCUUAGAAAUACAUUAACACCGUUACAGUUUAUAUUCACUUUAUAGACACACGGUUUUUGCUUUAUAAAGAGAAUUUUGUAAAGCUGACAUUUGUGAUGACAGAUUGUGUGUGCAGCCUGGACAGUCUGAGUGUUUUUUGUUUGUUUGUUUUCAAUGGGACCCAGCUCCUGAAGGAAACCUGACUUUUGAGAGGAGAGCUAUCUGACACUUAUGAAAAAGAAAAAACAAACGUUUCCUGUGUUUAGUAUUUAUGAUUUAUAUUAUUUGUUUGUAGAAGAAGUUUUUGAAUAGAGAAAUGUAAAUUUCCUUUUUUUAUCAUUAAAAGUGCCUAUGCUCUUUUUUUUUUUUUUUUUUUUUUUUUUGAGAACCGUAUCUAAUUUAUUUGUGCAAUGUUUCUCUUUUUCUUUUUUUCCCCACCAAAUUUUUUCCCAUAAUCAUUGAAUUAUAGUGAUGUUUCUAGCUCUGCUCCUCUUCAACUGCUGGUUUCUUUCCUCACCUCUCCCCCUGGUAGGCCCCUGCCAUGGGACCAGGUCACCUAUGCAGUGGCUGCAUCCUCCUGUUAUAACUAAAAUGAAUGUAGCAUCGUUGUGCUUCAAUUCUGUUGCGUCAAAUCCGUUUAUGGCUGAGAAUCUUCCAGGAAAGGCCUACUAAAAAUACACUGUUUACUCACUCAUUAAAUGCAAUUUGCAGUCUGAUUUAAAGUUUUUAUGUUUUGAUUUUUUUUUUCUAUGAAAGUUUUUACUUGUUCGCAGCUCUUUUUUUCCAUUUAAAUGAAUUCUAAUUGCAAUUUUUUUUUCUUUCUUAAAUCUCACUGUCUCAUGUUGUGGAAUCUACUUGUAGCCCCACGAUUUUGCAGCUGUUACUAGACCUGUUCAUACAUUUUUUUUAAUUUUUUUUUUGUGGGAAGAUAUGAUGUUUUGUGGAGAUUGCAUAAUGACGUACGAUAUGAAUCAAUUGCAAAUGAAUGUGCACAGUUAUUUCUGUAGAUAUACCACAAUAAUGUGACCUUCUUGACCCAAUGUUAGCAGUAAAAUAGCUCCACACUGUCAAACCAACAGAUUCCAGUAUUUUUUAAAGCUCAAUGUGAUUAAAUGUGGGAAAUGUGGAAAUCUAUUUGUAGAUUUUUUUCUUAUUUUAUUUUUGGUGACGCACUUAAUGGGGAGGUAAUUAUGUUUUGAAGUUACAGUGUCCUCAUCUGUGUAUUUAUGUACAGAGCAAGUGGAGAUUGGAGAUGAAUGACUCAAUUUAUUGACAAAACUGUGAGGAAAAGAGAGAGAUUUUGUACAAGUUCUCAUAUUUUUUCUGUUGAUUGCAAUUAUUGCUUUUUUUUAACAUUCUCAGCUAAUAUGGUACCAGCAUAGUUUGUUGCUAGAAUGAUGUUUUGGGCACACGGACAUGCUAGGUGUGUCAGCAAUCAUCAACUGGAAUGUUUUAGGCCUUUAUGCAGCAAGUGUGCUUUAACUGCUGAAUAAUGGUAGCUGCAAAGAUGAGGUUUAGGUGGGUAAAUAAAUGUUAGUUAUUGUUUUUAAUGGAUCUAAUCGGUUUGUCUUCUAGUGUCUUUAGCGUGUAUGUUAUUUAAUGUAGAUGAAAACUGUUGUUUUUCCAAAACUGCUAUGCAGGUGAUAUACUUUGUCAUUUUUAAGAUUUUUUUUUAAAGAGCCUCACUGUUUUCAGCAUAAUGACUAAGCCAAAUAGGUAUUUUUCCUUUUCCUUCAUGUUGGUUCUUGGGAGAAUAUGAUGCUCAUGCUUAAAAUGUCUUUUUUCAAAUAUUUUUUUUUCCUUUGGAAGACAUAAAAACACAUAUUUGAAAGGUUUUUUUUUCUUUUUUACCAACUGUAAAAUUAUAAUAAAAGCAAUUAAAAAAAAACUUUAUAUGCAGUUUGUAAACUUGGCUGUGGUUGGAAUUUCCUGUCAAAAUGUCUGUAAACUUUCUGCAAUCUUUAAUUAAACUAGUAUAUCUAAAGUUAAA